AACGCCGUCAACAGAUCACCAGAGGCAGUUCUCUUGCAAGACGCUUCCGCUCUGCUGCAGCUGUUGCUGCUCGAGUCUGCAGCUGGUCGUGUGUAUUUGUGUUUUCUUUGUUUAUUUAAUAAAUUUCACAGUGCCUCAAGUUUGUGCGUUAACUUUUAUAAUAUUGAUGUCAGUGACUGCUAAGAUAAAUCCAGAUAAAAUUCAGAUCUGCCAAGGAACUGAUUGCUAGAGAUCCCAGCUACACGUCACAUAAAAAUAUGGUGCAUGUAUCCAUUAGAUCAUCGCUUAUUUCUUCUGUUGUUAUUUAUAUCAUCUGUAGUACACAGAUGGGCGUGACAAGUGGAGGCCACGCCCUACAUGCUUCUUCUUAUCAAAUUCAACAACUGUGGGAAAACGAAGAAAGAACAGUCGAGAUUGUUCACACACUCUUGAAAUCUCUCACAAGAUUAACCGAUGUCUUUAACAGGUAUGUGGCCUCAUGGAGCGCAAUCAGUGAUGGCACACAGACCGAUCAUGGAAGAGAGGAUCCAGCAGCCAUAUAUACCCUCCUGAGGCAUGUCGCACAGGGCUGGCGGGAAGUGGAUCUGGUCCUCAGUGACACCAGAGCAAUCUUCAACCAGUUGGCCAAGUUGGCCCACACUUACCGCUUCAACUCUUCGUCUCUUGCUGAGGGUAUUAUUCGCAGUACUGCAGAGGUUGACGGGGACUGUGUGGACAAACAAUUGAAUUCAGUCUUGCAUCCCUUGUCUGUUGACGAGCUGGCAUCCAUAGGGGUAGCAGCGAUGAACAAAGGGUAUUUUGAUGUAGGCGUUGAGUUUCUGAAAGCAGCUAGUGUACGGGCGUCAUCCAACCCCCUUUGGACCCUAUCAGGGAAACAGAUGCAACAUUUGACGACAUCUUCAGAAUAUUCCACACAGCACAUCGAGAGUUUGUUGAGGACAGCCGUAAAAGUGCAUAAUCAUGUUUUGGAGGUGCGGGGUCCACGGUCGCUAACUCACACGACAUCUCACGUGCGAUUCGAAACUACGAGACUCGAAAUUCAGUUGAGAAAACGAGAGAAGGAGCGGCAAGAAAAGGAAAAUGUUAUACUAAGUGACCAGUAUUUGUCACGUCACGACAAUAAGACGUGGAUGCUGAACCACAGGGCGCUGGUAGAACUGCAACAGGUAGAACGACUCUGCAGAGGAGAGGAUCUCAGGGAAAUCAACGUCAGUUCUUCUUUAAGCUGCAGCUACUUGAACAGCAGGAGUCCCUGGCUUUUGCUGGCACCAUUCAAGAUGGAAGUUGUGUCACUUGACCCUCACAUAGCUCUGCUGUACGACGUCGUAACACCGAGGGAAUCGGAGAAUAUCAAAGCUGCAGCCCGCAAAUCUCUUCAGACACCGCCUCCCCAACAGGUUACCCAGAAAGGAAGGGCCCCCCCGGAAGAGUGGUCCUUGAAGCAUGUAUGGCUCGAAAGCAAAUCUCAAGAAUCACUACAGCGUCUAAGUCGCCGACUGUCUCAUGUAACAAACUUAAACAUUGAUGACAACACAUCCGAACCUUUUAUGGUGGCAAAUUACGGAAUUGGUGGUGAAUAUAAAGCUCACAGAGACACCCACGGACCCACUAGAACCCCCCCAGAUGAAGAAAUAGGAGAACGAAUUGCUACCAUCGUUACUUAUCUUGAGGCUCCUCGUGCUGGUGGACGGUUGGUCUUCCCAUGGGUGGGCGUCAGCGUUCAAGCGAUCAACAGAGCUGCUGUCAUCUGGUGGAACCUUCUUGCAUCACACGAGCACGAUUUUCUCACUGUACACGCUGCCUGCCCCAUACUCAGAGGAAAUAAGUGGAUUGCUAAUAAAUGGGUAGGUUACAAGGCGCAAUGGAAUACCCAGACUUGUCCAACUGACCCAUCAAGGAAAAUUUCUUUGUCUCGGUAAUUUUGUUUUGCAUCCGGCACAUCGCGGAAGGGAAGGAGUCAUUGUACGGGUUUUCGCUACUUCACCAUAACUGUUGCAGAGUAUGUCGGAGGAAGAAGUGUCUUAUAAUAAAUGCUUUA